CAGUUGCUAUUUGAAGUUGAUACGCGUCUUGGUAAAUUAGUAACGAAUCUGCCGACGGAGGCAGAGCAACUGCUGAUGUGACGGUAACAAAUUGGUGAGGGAAAGUCAGUUUGAGAACCAUUUGGGACGUAACCGCGGUCCGUCUGGUGCUCGACGGUCAACACGCGUUUCAUGAUCUCUUCAGACUCCAAAAUUUAUUUGUAUAGAAAUACGUCAAAAGUCAGUUGCUGAAUAUCGAGUUGAGCGUCGCUCCUUCUGGAUACAGAAAGAUGUCCAUCAGUGCCAACGGUCGCUUCAUGUACUUCGCUUUUGGAAGUAAUUUGUUAAAGGAAAGACUGCAGAUGGCAAACCCCUCUGCGACAUUUCACACUACCGGACGACUAAAGGACCACGAGUUAAGCUUCGGUCUGUGUGAGACUAUUCAGAACAACAUUUGGCACGGCGGAGUGGCCACCAUUGUCCCGUGUCCAGGGGCCGAUGUGUGGGGGGUAAUUUGGACUCUGAGCAGCGAGGACCUCCCGAGGCUGGACAAGCAGGAAGGGGUGAGUGUUGGAAUAUACUCUCCACUGGAGGUUUCAGUGGAGACCGAUAAAGGACUCAUAUUCUGCAGGACUUAUGAGAUGAACAACUUCCACGCCUGCCCUCCCUCUCCUCAGUACAAACAGGUGGUGUGUCUGGGUGCAGAGCGGAAUGGUCUCCCGGUGGAGUACCUGAAGAAGCUGGAGGCCAUUCAAACCAACAACUACAGCGGCCCUUCGGUGCUUGAUAACAUCAGAAUAGACAUGAAUUAGAGCGAUAUAUAGUUCAUAUUCCUGAAUGUGGAAACACCAGUUGACGUUCACCUCAUUUUAGUGGCCGUUUUGUGAACAUCAGGAGCAAAAAUGGAAAAUAAAAAAUACUUAAGACAAAAAAGAAUUGA